AUGCCGAAUCUAAUUAAGUCAACGUUAAGUAUUCGAGAUACACAUGAUGUAAUAUUGUCUAAUGGUCCUAUGUUUGAAUCAAUAUUAAAUGAAUAUGUUCCAUAUUUUCGUCAAUUUGAUUAUACAAUGACACAUGGAAUUGUUGAUUCGACAUCAGUUCAAGAUUUUAUUAAAUGGCCAAUGGGUGUUGUUUUGUAUGAAAAUGAAAAUUGUAAAUGGUGGGUCGAAUCUGUCGAAUUAUUAUUUCCUCGAGAUAAACAUUCAUAUAAGCGCUGUUUGCAAAGUCUAUUUAGUCGGGAUAAACGUACUGAACAUAAAUAUUGUUUUUGGUCUAAAUUAUUCCAUUUUUCGACAGAAUUACUUCUUCAUCAACUAGGUGCCAUUUGGAAUGAUGAAAUGUUGAAGGAAUGGAUUAUUCAAAAUACGGAUUUAAAAUAUCAUGAUCAUCGGUUUUAUGAUCCAGAUGAUGACAAUAGUCCACGGGAAAUAGUAGCCAUAUUUGAACACAGUGUCUGUGACGGCUUAUCAUUGAGUAAUGUGGCACAUGAGCUCCUUAUAGCUUUAGCUGGUGAAAAUGAUAAUAUGUUUACUAAUUCAUUAGAUUGGCCAAUACCUAUGGAGAUGGCGAUUAAAAGAAGGCUUUCAUUAGUCGCGAAACUGGUUAUAUUCGGCAGAGCUAUGUUCGCAGCCAUAAACUUGGGCGCAUUCAAUACACGAAGCACUGCAAGAAUACCGAUAGCCAACGUUGACUUUCCAUUAGCUGACAUGUGUAAUUACUGUCAUACUGAAAGCUGCUGUGGUAUAUUGAGCAAGGAUGAAACGCAAAAGCUAGUCGAUAAAUGUCAUCGCGAAGGCGUUACCGUAACAGCUGCUGUAAGCAGUGCCAUUAUAUGCACUAUUUCCACAGUAGUAAAAUCUGAAGAAAAUUACCCAUCGACACUACGCAUGUCCGUGUCAGCUGAUGUUCGUAGACGGUGUGUACCGCCCGUCUCCAAUAACGAUCUUAGUUAUCAAAUAUCAUGUAUUAUACCAAUUCCAAUACCUACCGUAAAUAUAUCAACGACUCCCAGCAGCAUGUGGCAACUCGCAAAAGUAUUCGGACACUACGUCAAUAUGUCAGUUGAUACCGGCCAAGUUCUUGCUCUUGGUAUGAUAUUGGGGAAAAUCUUUCAGAAAAUUUUAGGUCAACAGAAUUUCGCCGAACUACCCACUUGUGGUAUCUCUAGCUGGGGUGUAAUUGCCAUUUUCUGA